UUGAUGUGAGUAUGGAUGCUUUUUAAACAUUAGUUAUUACGUUACGUUGUGUAGAAAGUACAGACUCAUUUAAAUUUGUCUGCAUUUUUUGGGUAAUAAAAGCCCAAAUUUCUCUCACAUCACCGACAUUGAUGUGUGACGAGGUUAAGUCAUCUUCUAUUAAAGAUAAAAUACCACUAAUGUCGUCACCAAGGGAACCCUCACGCCGUGACUCGCUCACAGCCCAAGAAGAAGAGACUCUUAAAUAUGGAGCUGAACAUGUUAUUAAGUUGUUUGUACCUGUAUCUUUAUGUAUGUUAGUUGUAGUAGCUACUAUAAAUUCAGUAAGCUUUUACAAUGUUAAAGAUAUUUUCUUAGUUUACACACCGUUUCAUGAAACUAGUCCUGAAGUUUUUACUAAAGUUUUAAAUGCACUUGCUAAUUCACUUAUUCUAAUGACUGUUGUAAUUGUGAUGACAGUUAUUCUGAUAUUGUUAUAUAAGUACAGAUGCUAUAAGUUUAUUCAUGGAUGGCUCAUUAUGUCAUCUUUGUUACUUUUAUCUAUGUUCACAAGCCUUUACAUUGAAGAAAUUUUACACACCUACAAUGUUCCUAUGGAUUAUUUUACAUAUUUGAUAGUUACAUGGAAUAUAGGUAUGCUUGGUAUGGUAUGCAUACAUUGGAAAGGUCCAUUGCGACUUCAGCAGUCUUAUUUAAUAUUUAUAGCAGCUCUUUUAGCUUUGGUAUUUAUAAAGUACAUGCCAGAGUGGACAACAUGGGCAGUAUUAUUUGUCAUAUCUAUUUGGGAUUUAGUAGCUGUACUAACACCGCGAGGACCUUUACGCAUACUUGUAGAACUAGCUGAAGAACGUAAUGAACAAAUUUUUCCUGCAUUAAUUUAUUCUUCAACUGUAGUAUAUAUGAUGAAUCGUUCAGAUAGUACUGAUACAACUGAUAGCCAGAAUGGAUUUACAAACACAUGGGUAGAAGAACGAAGACAACCACAGACACAAGAAGUAACAGUGGUAAGAAGACCAAUUGAUGAAGAUGAAAAAGGAGUAAAAUUAGGACUUGGAGAUUUCAUUUUUUACAGUGUUCUUGUCGGCAAGGCAUCAUCUUACGGAGAUUGGAAUACUACUUUGGCAUGUUUUGUAGCUAUACUUAUUGGUUUAUGUCUGACAUUAUUAUUAUUAGCAAUCUUCAGACGUGCUCUUCCUGCAUUACCAAUAUCAAUCACAUUUGGACUGGUGUUUUAUUUUGCAACUCAAGGAUUAGUUAAGCCAUUUGCUGACAUGUUGGCUUCUCAACAAAUUUUUAUAUAAUGUGUUGUGUUUUUCAUUGUUAUAUAUGAUUUUUUACAUCAUUCAAAUAGUAUUUCAUGUUCUAAUAAUUUAUAAUUGAGAAUACUUAAUUUUAUUUUAUUAACUCUUUCAAUAUUUUUCAUAUUGCAAGUAUUAACAAUUUGCAUAUUAUGAAUUUAAUUUAAAUAAUUUAACUUUUAUACUUACAUUAUAAUAAUAUACUAAUAGCUAAG